AUGAAGACAUAUAGUCACCACUCCGCAAUCGUGUUCUUUGUUUGUUUCGUGGCUGUUCUUUCAAAAGUUGCGGCAAUGCCGCACUGUAAAGAUGCCGCAUCAUGUUGUGAACAAUUUGGUAUCCAGUGCCCGAAGCCCGGGGACACGUGCUCAACAGGGGGCGGUUUCCUACCACCUCCUCUUCUUCCAUGCGGACUGGACCUCACCUGUGUUAUCAAAGACUUUGGCAACCCUUCCGUGGACAACCCGAAUAAGGGAGUAUGCAAGGAGGUCGAUGGCGUUCCUCCGACGUGCUCCCGAGGAUUUUGUUCUUCCAAAGGGGCUCGUGCUAUAUGUUCUGUGCCUGAUGGUAUCAGUAAAAUCGCGUUUUGCGGCAGUUGGGCGACAAGAACGGAUGGGUUCCCCGGCCCCGAUUGUGGAUUCGUUUGCCCUCAGCUCUGCUUGCCGGAUGGGCCAUUUGGAAGCGAUGGAAUGCAGUAUUGCAGCUCAUGCAUUCUGGCCUCGGCUAGCUGUGCUUCUAAUUUCAGGAUUUACGGCCCUGUUCCCAUGCCCCACUAAGUUGCCGGUUAUAUGUACGAAUUCAAGAAAAACGUUAAGCUCCAGGAUGUUCUCUAAAACUCGCCGUCUCGAUACAAGUAUCAAAUAGUCGUGUGAAACGGACAGAGCUGUUAUCUCAAAAUUCUCGACUUCAUAGCAUAGCCCCUUUUUUGCCUCGCUCCGUCGUAUUUCUCUAGUGCAAAUUCGAGUUAGUUGCAGAAAGUUUUUCAAUUAUGACGCUACAGAACAUCGGGGGUUUGAAUACUUUUCCUGUGUGCUUGCCUAUGGCUCGCUGAUCAACUAGAUCUCUUCACUCACUUCUCAAUUUAG